AUGCGUUUCUCAACCAUCUCUGCUGUGGCUUUAGCUACUGUCGCGUCUGCUCGUCCUUCGAUCGUCAAGAAGCAAGCAGCUAUGGAUAUUGACCCUGUCAUUCUUCAAUACGCCUUGACUCUCGAACAUCUCGAGAAUGCAUUCUACAAGGAGGCUUUGUCUAAGUGGAGCGAGAAGGAGUUCACAGAUGCCGGCUUCACCUCGAUGUUCUACAAUGAGUUGAAGUACAUUGCUCACGACGAGGAGGGACAUGUUGUCUACCUGGAGGCUGGUCUUACAGCUGCAGGAGCCAAACCUGUCGAGGCUUGCAAAUACACCUUCCCAAUGACAACACCAAAAGCGUUCGUCCAGCUUGCCUCCGUCGUCGAAGGUCUUGGUGUCAGCGCAUACCUUGGAGCAGCAGCAGACAUCACGUCAAAGGCAUACCUCACAGCUGCUGGAAGUAUCUUGGUCACAGAAGCUUUACAUCAAUCUGCCACUCGUGGUGCAGUCGGCGAGAUUCCAAUGGCCAACGUCUUCGGUACCCCACUCGGCCUCAACGCAGUCUACACAAUCGCCAGCGCAUUCAUCGCCGAAUGUCCAUCAACCAACAUGGCACUUCCCGUCAUGGCAUACGAUGAUCUCACAGCUGUCACCGCACAGCCCGUCGCACCAGGAGCUCUUCUUGAUCUCCUCCCAGGAUCCAUGCCAAACGGCACAUACUUCGCCACCUUUGUCUCCGGACUCGACAUCGUCGCAGUCAAGCCAAAGGGUGUUGUAGACGGCAUGGUCCAAGCUAUUGUUCCACCAAUGAUCGAAGGUCAAAGUUACGUCUUCUUGACCAGUGACGACUCUGGAAAUCUGACCGAUUCCAACAUCCUCUCUGGCCCAGCGAUCAUUGAAUCUACACCAAACGCGCCAACAUUCAACCUUACAAUCACUAAAUAG